GAUGGACGGCCCUCCACUGGGCUGCAGUAGAUGAUAGAGCUGAGUGUGUGUCUACCCUCAUCCCGGUCACGCCGCCCACCCCCGAGCUGCUGCAGGCCGCCGACGGACACACCCCGGUGCACCUCGCCAGCUUUGGUGGCCACGAGGCUGUGCUGAAGGCCCUGGAGGGGGCUGGCUGGCCUCUUUACGCAAUGGACGGCGAUGGCCUGACACCCCUCCACUGGGCUGUUAAGGCAGGGCGUCUGAGCGUGGUCGAGUACCUGCUGGAUAAGGAUGCGGCGCCCAGCACGGGGGCCGGUGAUGACCUCACGCCGCUGGACUUGACUAAGAGGCAGGGUAAAGACUUAGCAGCGAGGUGGCUGGCGAGGAGGAUCGGCGCGGUGCACGGGGAUGCCGCCCACAGCCUGAAUCCUGAGGUUACGUCCAGUGCCGGGGUGAACGCUGCAGCAGGUGACGACAUGCUGCGGCCAGAGGACGUGAGGAAACUGCUUGGCUUCAGGGAAUGGCUGAUAGACGGCUUCAACAAGAAGGAGCUCAUCACCGCCGUAGAGGCAGGAGACGAGGUCAGGGUCAGGGACGUCCUCGCCAGGGGAGGAGACCCCAAGGUGACCAUGCCAACUAUCAGUGGUGGGUCGGGGUGCCUGGUACAGCUUGCUGCCGACCAUGGCCACACCCACCUCCUGCCCUGCCUGCUGGGGGCGGGGCUCAGCGUGGAGGGCAGCGGCACUGACGGCCAAACACCACUGAUGCGGGCUGCCACUAAUAACCACAAGACGACGGUAAAGAAGCUGCUCAGCCUUGGUGCCGACCCGCUGGCUGUUGACAAUGGAGGAUGGACGGCCCUCCACUGGGCUGCAGUAGAUGGUGAAGCUGAGUGUGUGUCUACCCUCAUCCCGGUCACGCCGCCCACCCCCGAGCUGCUGCAGGCCGCCGACGGACACACCCCGGUGCACCUCGCCAGCUUUGGUGGCCACGAGGCUGUGCUGAAGGCCCUGGAGGGGGCUGGUUGGCCUCUUUACGCAAUGGACGGCGAUGGCCUGACACCCCUGCACUGGGCUGUGAAGGCAGGGCGUCUGAACGUGGUCAGGUACCUGCUGGAUAAGGACGCGGCGCCCAGUACGGGGGCCGGUGAUGACCUCACGCCGCUGGACUUGGCUAAGAGGCAGGGUAAAGACUUAGCAGCGAGGUGGCUGGCGAGGAGGAGCGGCGCGGUGCACGGGGACGCCGCCCACAGCCUGCAUCCUGAGGUCACGUCCAGUGCCGGGGUGAACGCUGCAGCAGGUGACGACACGCUGCGGCCAGAGGACGUGAGGAGACUGCUUGGCUUCAGGGAAUGGCUGAUAGACUACUUGAACAAGGAGGUAAGGAAUGUUAACAUAGCUACAAUAGACAGCAAGAUAAACAACAUGAUUACUGACUUUGUCGAAGGCUUUGGUGAUGUCUCUCAGGACGAGAUGGCACUGUCCCCCGUUAGCUUUCUGUUAGGCGACAGUCUUGGUCACGAGAGCGAGGGCGUGCGUGGUUCCCCUGCCUGGGCGGAGCCCAAACUGUAA